AUGCCCUCUGGGUGCAGCACCAUGACGUACAAGUCCUACAACCCUCUCGCCACCAUCACCGACCCUGCUCCUGCCUCGCCGUCCUCCGUUAAAGCCGGCCUGGACCUGAAAAACAGGACCUACUUCGUCACCGGCGGCGCCCGCGGCCUCGGCCUGAGCCUUAUCACGGCCAUUCUCGAGGCAGGCGGCAGCGCAGUGGCACUAGAUCUGCUGCCAGAGCCGCUCACCGAAGAGUGGGCCGCCGCACAGACGCUCGCCAAGGAAAACGGCGGGUCCCUCUCGUUCAACACGCUCGACGUCACCAGCGAGCCGGCCGUCGAGUUGCUUCUGCCACGGCUCGCUCAGGAGGCCGCUGAGGCUGGCAGACCGGUCCACGGGCUGGUGAACUGCGCCGGUAUCAACCAGAAGCUGCCAGCCAUCGACUACCCCGUCGAGCUGUACCGGAAAAUCGUCGACAUCAACUUUGUGGGCUCGUUCAUCAUGGCCAAGCACACGGCCAAGAUCCUGGUGGCAGAAGGGACGCCGGGCUCGAUUGUGCUGAUUGGGUCGAUGUCGGGCAUUAUCGCGAACCGCGGGCUCGAAAACACGGCGUACAACACGUCCAAGGCGGCCGUUCUGCAACUUGCACGGUCGCUGUGCCAGGAGUGGGGCCAGUACGGCAUCCGCAUCAACACCAUUUCACCGGGUUAUAUCAUAACUGCCAUGACGCAGGAGCUGCUGGACGUGGAACCCGAGCUCUACGAGACGUGGAUGCGCGGCGCAAUGCUCAACCGUCUGGGCGCACCCGACGACUUCAAGACGGCUGCGGUGUUCCUGCUCGGCGACGGGUCGCGGUUCAUGACAGGCUCUGACCUCAGAAUCGACGGCGGCCACUGUGCCGGCGCGUAG